ACCCAUUCAUAUAUAUUACAGACAAUUGCAACCUUUUCAAAACCCUAGUGGCAGUGCAUCCAUUUUCAUCUCAGUAGCCGCAUCUUCUCUGCAAAUCGCCACCCAAUCAAUCAACCAUGGUUGCGGCAAAGAAGACCAAGAAGACUCAUGAGAGCAUCAACAACAGGCUCGCCCUUGUCAUGAAGAGUGGCAAAUAUACCCUAGGUUACAAAACCGUUCUUAAGUCCCUAAGGAGUUCCAAAGGCAAGUUGAUUAUCAUUGCUAACAACUGUCCUCCUUUGAGGAAAUCUGAAAUUGAAUACUAUGCUAUGUUGGCUAAGGUUGGAGUUCAUCAUUACAAUGGAAACAAUGUUGAUCUUGGCACUGCCUGCGGAAAGUACUACAGAGUGUGCUGCCUCAGCAUUGUUGAUCCUGGUGAUUCUGACAUCAUUAAGUCAAUUCCUGGUGAUCAGUAAAAGUAGUCAAGAUAUUUGCAUGGUGUUUUCUUUUAUCAAUUUUCUAGACAUUGUUGAAAGAAUUUCUAGUUGUAAGCUCUGUACAAUGCUCAGUAUUUCUAAUAUCCAGUUGAUUGAGCAUUGAGUAAUUUUGACUGCAAUUUUCGUUUCAUUGUGCUGAUUUCUAUAUAGAUUUCCAGUUUGAUAUUUAA